AUGCUUGCUUCUCAACAAGAAUUAUCUGGCGUUCAAGUAGCUUCUUAUCUUAUGAAUUGGGAUGAUCACUAUACAACGCAUAGAUUUCAAGGUCUCUUUUUAAUUCAAACUGAACGAUUUUUACAAACUCAACUAAAUGAAACGCGUGCUCAACAAAAAUUGGACAUUGCAGCACAGGAUGUGAUCGACAAUGAUAUGUAUGACGAUGAAGCUAUUGAUAAUGAUAACAACGAAGAAGAACACUUUCAAAUUCAAUCAGCUGAACACGACAAAAAAUAUGUACUCGUUAACACACGAAUUGAUUAUCAAUAUCGCUCCGAUAAUCUCAACAGAAUGUGCUUAUAUGACUUUGUUAGCAUAUUCUAUAAGAAAAAAAUGAAUACUACAGAUCUGAAAUAUUUAUCAAAGAUAGCGGGAUCAAUAGAAGAAAAAAUUACCCAAAAAGGUCGACCACCUAAUGAACGAUUUCUUUUUCAAAAACAGCAUCCUCAGGCUACAGCAUAUUUAAUGAUGAAGUACAGUGAAUCUCAUGUGCCUGUUCUCUAUGGGCCUCAGAUACCUCGACAAGAUCGUGAUGAUACUCGAGAACGAUAUUGUCGGGCUAUUCUCACACUUUUCGUGCCCUGGCGUACUGUGGCUGAUAUUUGUGACAUCAGUCAGACAUGGGAAGAUGCAUUUAAAUCUCGACAACAUCUUAUUUUGAGUAAUUCGUGGACAAUAAUAGAAAACAUUCAACUUUUGCAUGAAUGUAAAAAGGACCGCGAUGAUCAUUUACUUCAAGUUAUCGCCGAAGCACAAAUCGACAAUGGCUUAGUCGAUCCUGUACUGAUACCGACUAAUCAAGUCGAUGGUGAAUAUGGCACUGAUGAUAGUGACGAUUUACUUGAAUUAUUAGCACCUACUGGUGUUGCCGCUGCUGAAAUCGAUGGUAUGACCAUCCAUUCAUUUUUGGGUGAACAGCGUAACUCAGGAAAAGCCCGUACGAUUAAACCAGGCGAUUUAAAACUUGAGAAAGAAUGGGCCCUCGUUGAAUACCUCUUAAUUGACGAAAUAAGUAUGGUUGGUUUAACUCUACUUGCGAAACUCAACCGAAUUAUAUGUGCUGCAAAACAUACUGAUCCUCAAGUUCCAUUUGGUGGUGUAAAUGUCAUCUUCUUCGGCGAUUAUUUACAAUAUCGACCUGUAUAUGAUGUACCCCUACAUACAGACUUCACUUUACCGGUUAAAAGUAAAUCAAACAAGAUAGCAACUGAAAAACAAAUUCAACAACGUGUUGCACGUUCUUUGAUUCUCCAAAUCAACUGUGUGGCUCCGAUUCUCGUAUUUCGUAAUGAAGUACGAACACAAUUAAACCACAAGGCAGUUAGUCACAAAGCAGAACAAAUCGGACAAGCACCUAUAGUAUGCGUUGCCCAAGACGCCUGCAAAGGCAAACCAAUUGAAGAUCGAGCACUUAUUAAAAAAUUAUUAGAAUUAUCUGAUAGCAAAACGGAGCAUCUACCAGGUCUAUUGCCUCUUGUUCCUGGAAUGCCUGUGAUUUUAACGCAAAAUAUUGCCAUUGAAUUGGGGCUUAUCAAUGGUGUGAACGGAAUCUUUCGGCAACUUGUCUAUCAGGAAGAUUCAGUGUCAACUGAUAUUAUUUCGGAAGAAUUUUCCAAGAAUGCACGGUAUGUCCAUCGACCUUUAUACGCCUUGGUGGAAAUUACCAAAUCAAAGAUCGAAUGCAAUUUAGAACAACUUCAGCCAAAGCUGAUUCCAAUACCGGUAAUGGAACAAACAUUUCGAGUCGAUAUAGGUGAUAUUCUUCCAAAAGAUAAGAAGCCAAAAUCAAAUGGAAAAGCAGUUUUAUCCAUUAAACGGCGCGCAUUACCACUUGUACCAGCUUAUUGCAUUACAACCCACAAGAGUCAAGGUCAAACCUUGAAUAAAGUUGUAAUUGAUUUAAAGCUGCCAAAUGAAACUGAUGAUAUUGCUGCAGUUUAUGUACCCUUGUCGCGGCGAAUCGCACAGCGACGAGCGUUACUUGUUAUUAAAUGUGAUCCAAAUGCAUUAACAUUUAUCGAUAAUUAUCUUAAUGAAAUUGAAUAUCCACAUUCAUUCAAUCGUCACCAAAGAGAUCUAGCUCAAUAUCGAAAAUGGAAAGCUUCGCAAUUACGAACAUUUAUGAUGUAUAUUGCGAUGCCGGUUCUGGUACGAUUACGUCUUGUCAUACCUCAUGCAUUUCCAGAGGUUUAUGUAUCACACUUUUCUUUAUUAUUUAUCUACAUUCGUGUAUUACGGCACUUUGAUGACCGUGAUGAAAUUUUACAAGUACCUGUAUUUAUAAAUUCAUAUUUGCGUUUAUUUUCUUCUCUGUACGAUAAAUGUAAAGAAUUAUUUUCAGUUCAUGCAUUAUGCCAUCUAUGGCAGCAAGUAUUGGAUCAUGGUGGGUUGGCCUAUCAUAGUUUAUUUGCUUCAAAAAGUUGCUUACAGCACUUUGCAAAAUUAGCUAACGGCUCUAUUGCUCUCGGUGAACAAAUAUCGUUUUGGUGGUCUGUAUUCAGUCAAAUUCAAUCAAAACAAGUGCAAUAUUGUCCAGCAUUAUUUACUAAUGAACAUCUUAUUAAUGAUAGAUUUUUCGAUUUUAACAUGAUGCAAAACUAUCAACAAGAAUUCAAUUUGGUUUACAAUCAAAUGUUUGGCAUAUUUCCUGAUGUAUCAUUGAAAUAUUAUUGUAGAUAUCGACGUGGAUUAUCACUUUAUCAUUCACUAAUGUACAAUCGUCGUAAAAAUUGUAACAGUUACAAUGUCCGUGUGAACAUUGACACUGACAAUACAAAUUCAGGUGCUUAUUAUACACCUCAAGUGAAACGAAAACGUUUACAAGAACAAGUUGAUGAUGUACCAGAAGGUUCAUCAAUGGAAGAUAUCAAAAUCAUUAAAAAUAUGUUCAAAGAUCUUAAUCGAAAAGUUGAUAUAUUAACAGAACAAGGAAGUACAUUGGAAAAAAAAUUGGAUAAUGUUGAUAAGCAAAUGCAAAAUUACAAUGGACGAUAUAUAUUGUCUGGUAUUAUAAUUGAAACUCCUGCUGGUCUUAUGAAAACAUUAAUUAAUCAACUAUUCACCAAAGAAGAAAUAAUUGACCGACAACAUGAACAAAUCAAUGAACGAACAAUGAAAAUAAAGGGUAACCAACCUAUAUCAUGGUAUCAUUGCUAUAGUAUUUAUAUAUCUGUUUCAGAAGCCAGCAACGCUUAUUUUUAUAACAACGACAACGGGAAAAUAGAAGGAUUCUGGAAUAAUCAAGGAAAAAUUGUUCGUGGUAACUAA